CCACAGUCUCACUCAGCGAGACGCGCUGGGCACGGUGCUUCCCCCGCGGAGCCGGCCGGUCAGCCUGCGCUCCGGCAGAGUCCUAGGUGCUCGCCCGCCGCCGGGACAGACCGCCCGCCCCUGGCCGCUCUCUGGACCCUGGCCGCCCUGAGCGGAGAUUGGAGCAAAAUGAUGCUUCAACACCCGGGCCAGGUCCCUGCCUCGGAAGUGAGCGCCUCUGCCAUCGUCCCCUGCCUCUCUCCUCCCGGGUCCCUGGUGUUUGAGGAUUUUGCUAACCUGACACCCUUUGUCAAGGAAGAGCUGAGGUUUGCCAUCCAGAACAAGCACCUGUGUCACCGGAUGUCCUCUGCGCUGGAGUCAGUGACCAUCAACAACAGACCCCUGGAGACGUCAGUCACGAAAGCCGAGGUGGCCCCUGAAGAAGAUGAAAGGAAAAGAAGGCGGCGGGAAAGAAAUAAGAUUGCAGCUGCCAAGUGUCGAAACAAGAAGAAAGAGAAGACGGAGUGCCUGCAGAAAGAGUCAGAGAAGCUGGAGAGUGUGAACGCCGAGCUGAAGGCCCAGAUAGAGGAGUUGAAAAAUGAGAAGCAGCACUUGAUAUACAUGCUCAACCUGCACCGGCCCACGUGUAUCGUGCGGGCCCAGAAUGGGCGGACUCCGGAAGAUGAGAGGAACCUCUUCAUCCAGCAGAUAAAAGAAGGAACGUUGCAGAGCUAAGCGACAGGGGCAUGGGGGCAACUGGGGAGUCCUUAUUGAAUCCUCCUUUUCCACCCCAAACCCUGAAGCCACGGAAAGCUGGCUUCCUGUGCACUUCUCGAAUCUCAGCAGCCGAGAGCCGUUGGGGCAGGAGGGCCUGUGGCGACCACGGCGUUGUCCCAUCCUGCCCCGGAGUGAACUGUGGCACAGGGCAAGAGCAUCCUUCGUCUCACUGACUCCAGGAUUUAGGCCUUACCAUCCCAGGCCAUUCUCAGAUGAUCUAGCUGGGCCCCGCCUGGGGUCCCAUGCAAAGCGGGAUACCCACUAAAGGGAUUCAUGAGGAAGUGUCCGCCUCGGUAGGUGGGGUGGGGCCAGGGCCUCCACUGCAGCUGACGCCAUGCCUCCUAGGGAAUAUGGAACGAGAACACUCACUGUCGAGGUUGUCCAGUGGCCAGGAUGUGCUUCUAGAAAGUAUGCUGUUACAUCCCAGAAUGACUGCACGGGCGCUCAUUUCAGAACCAGCUGUUGUGCUAUUUGGAUGUGUGUCUGGAGUGACACUGUCACGAUCUUUCUGGGAGUCUCAUCAGAACUGAUUUCUGAGAGUCUGCGAGUCUGCCAUCAUGGGUAGAUAGUAUCCCGCUUGCCCCCCAGGAGUGACGCGGACCUGAUGGCCAGCUGUGCUGCCCUGUGCUGUCUGGAGGGCGCCUCCCUUCCCUGUUCCCACUGUUGGGGGAGAACCUGGGCACGGCAGCAGGCCCCUGGCUGCAAAUUGUUGCAAUGCCACAGAAAGAAGGCACGCAGGAAGUCCAACUUCCGGAGGGUAGGACUCUCCUUCCCACUCAGUGAUGGGGCAGGCGUGAUUUCUAGGCCAGAAGGGCCAAGAUACUCCAUUUUACUUCCUUGUGGCCAGAAACCACAGCCUGUGGGGAAGAGAGUCUGGAGCCGUGUACAGGGCCAGGCUUCUGCUUUGUGGGGUGUUAAUGGCAUUGUAUUUGUUAUUGAGAUGUGGCCCAGGGCAUUUCAGCCCGGAGGCACCUCCCUCUGGCCACCGUGACUCUGGCUACUGUUAAAAUUCUGAUGUUUCUGUGAAAUCCUCAGAGUGUUUAAUCUUACUCAAUAGUAUUAUUACAUUUUUCUGUGAGAGAAAAUAUUACUUAUUUAUCCCAGUAUUCCUAGACUGUCAACAUAAUAAAUAUCAGAGUAAGACUCGGUAAA